ACACCCCGAACGACGACAGGCCGUCCCCCCGGUGACUUGGCAAAAGCUGCAUGCCAUGGUGCCUGCUCCACGUCGAGCUGGGCUGAAGGAAACACGUCUUCCUGUUUGGUUUGAGAGAUCAAAUGUAAUUUUUAUUCCGUCCCUUGUUGGCGUGCUAACCUUCGGGUUUUAGGUCCCUGCUGUCUCUCAGGACUGAAGCCGAUCAUGGUGCGUAAUGUGGAUGACCUGGACUUCUGCCUGCCCUCUCAUCCUCAGAGCAUACUGGAAGGCCUGCGUUCCCUCUGUUCUCACCCCAAACUGGUGGAUGUGACACUGAGUGCAGGCGGCAGGGAUUUCCCUUGUCACCGAGGGGUUCUGGCCCUCUGCAGCCCGUACUUCCACUCCAUGUUCUCAGGGGACUUUGUGGAGAGCGUAUCCGCACGUGUGGAGCUUCAUGAUGUCGAUCCCGACAUACUCGGCUGCUUACUUGACUUUGCCUACACAGGCAAGCUGACGAUCAACCAGAGCAAUGUGGAGGGCCUGAUCCGCACCUCCAGCCAGCUGCAGUUCCAGACAGUGCGAGCCGUUUGCAGCCGGUACCUGCAGCACCAGAUCGACGCGACCAACUGCCUGGGAAUUCUGGAAUUUGGUGAGAUCCAUGGCUGCCCCGAAGUGGUGGCCAAAGCGUGGGCCUUCCUUCUAGAAAACUUUGAGGCCGUGCAACGAGGCGAGGAGUUUCUGCUGUUAGAAAAAGACAGACUGGUUCCCUGCUUGUCUGCUGAAGGAUUGCAAAUCCGCUCAGAGUGCACACGCGUGGACGCCAUCCUGAAAUGGGUCGGGCAUCAAAGAGAGUCCCGACUGUGCCACCUUCCCGAGCUCCUGAACUUGUCACAUCUGUCUCUGCUCAGCCUGAGCUACCUGUCUGACACCCUGAUGAAGGACAGUGUGGUGCAGGCCUCCCCCAGCUCCAAGGAGGCCAUUGAAAAAAUUCAUAAAGAGAAAACAUCCCUGGAACCAGAUCUUUCUGACAGACUAAACUCUCAGAGUCCUCAACCAAACGUGCAAGAGGUGCUGUUUGUGAUGGGAGGUCGCUCACUGGAUGAUUCAGACGAUGACGACGACUCAGAUGAGGAUGAAGACAGAGACCCCAGACUUCAAAGAUCACCCUCCAGGAACUGUGCCUUCUACAACACAAAGACCAAAAAGUGGCACCAGCUGCCCAACUUCCCCAAUCCUGACAAGUGGGGUUACUCUAUGGUGUCCCUAAACAAUGAUGUGUAUGUUACAGGGGGUUCACGAGGCUCAAAUACCAACACCUGGUCAACCACAGAGACGUGGAUGUAUGUUACAAGAGAGGGGAGGUGGGUCACUGUGGCCCCCAUGCUCCGGCCUCGAACUAACCACACAUCAGCAACCCUCAACGGGGAGAUCUACGUCAUUGGAGGUACAACACUGGACCGUGUUGAGGUUGAACAUUACGACCCUUACAACAACACCUGGUCACUGACUUGUCCCGCCUUAAAGUACGUGACUAACUUCACGGCCACAGCUUGUCACGGGAAGCUCUAUGUGAUCGGAUCGUGUGCGGUCAAGUAUAAUGCUCUGACCAUGCAGUGCUACAACCCAGUCAUAGACAGCUGGAUCAGCGUUUGGUCACCCUUCAUCCCCAAGUAUCUAUCCUCUCCUCGUUCGGUCUGCUUGGAUGGAACUAUAUAUCUUGUGGCCGACAACACAAAAAAAGUCUACUCGUACGAUUUAGAGGCAAACGUGUGGCAGAAGGUUCAGCCCCUCCACAUGCUCCAUGAGAACGGUGGCCUGGUAACCCUGGAUGGGAAGCUGUUAAUGACUGGUGGCCAUUGGAAAGGCAUGGAGGGGGAUUAUGGGGUGGAAGUGGAGGUUUACAACCGAGCAUCCAACACCUGGGAGGUGGAGUGCUUCCUCCCAAGACUUUGGUUCUACAGCGGAGCGUGCACCAUCUUCCUUGACCCGCUUCAGUGGCCUGAGCUUUUGCCCAGAGAUUCGACAUGAAGACAUCCUGAUACUGAGACAUGUUUCUGCCAUAUCCCUGGUUGUGGCUGUGCCUCAUAAAGCACGUUACCUGAUCCCCAGGUAUUGUUAAAGUAACACUGUCCGCUCAUCAGGUGCUUGUUUAUCACUUGCAUUAAUUACCUUUCAUGUGACUGUAAGGUGCUCAUGCGUCAUGAAAGUUUGCAGAAACUGUGUCAGGAAAUGUUUUGUGAAGCCAUUAAAUAACACUAUUGCUAUGUUUCA